AUUAAAGCUCCCAUCUUCUUUUCAUUUCAAGCAAAACCUCCCUGUGUCUAUGAAUCCAGGCGCAGAGAGAGAGGCCUCUGAUCGCAGGGAUUGAAAUUGAUUGCAUGCUUUAUUUCUCAAAAUAAUAUAGGCUUCAACUCAACAAGCCAGUCCAGAUUUCAUUUUCUUUUUCCUUUUUAUUUAACAAAGAAAAGAAUGGCCGCUGCUUCGUCUAGAACUAAUAUUUGUUGUUUGUUGGUGGUGGCCAUGAUGGCGGUUACGUUGUGCAGCAAGGGGCAGGCAGCAUUGAUCAGUCUGAACCUUUCAUUAGACCUCUGCCAGAGGGCAGACUUCCCAGCAUUGUGUAGGUCGGUGGUGAAGGGCAUCCACGACCCAUCAGUCGCCAUUGAAUCCACUAUUAAGCAAUUGAUGUUCCAGACGAAGCAGGCGAUGAAUGUGGCACGCCGCCGCAAGUCCUCCGCCAUGGAUGUCUGCAUCGAGGUUUAUGAUGACGCAUACAGCAACCUGGAGACUUGCCUUUCAAGCCUCCAAUCCCACGAUAAGGGAACUCUCAACAUCAACCUCUCCGCGGCUUUGACCGAUUACGUCACUUGCGACGAUGCGGUGGCGGAGAUAGGUCUUAUUUCUCCGGUUACCCGAACCAACGACCUGAUGCGCCGUAUGGCCAGCAAUUGCUUGUAUUUGUCUAGUUUGAUCCACCUUCGCUAAAAUGAAAAUGAAACCCCCCGCCCCCCAC